AUGGGUUGGAUCGAUGGAAAAUGGGUACCGUUGAUCACGAUAAUUUUGAUUAACGUGGUUACGGGAACGGUUAACGCUUUGGUGAAGAAAGUUCUUGAUGGAGGCAUUAACCAUAUGGUUAUUGCUACUUACCGUCUCGCUAUUUCCACCCUUUUUCUUCUUCCAAUCGCUUAUUUUUGGGAACGGAAAACAAGGCCGAAGCUAACUAUAAGCAUCUCGUGUCAGCUUUUCGUCAGUGGUCUUUUUGGGGCGAGUUUGUUGCAAUAUUUCUACUUGCUUGGGCUCUCCUACACUUCUGCCACGUUAGGAUCUGCUUUCUGCGCCAUAAUCCCUUCCCUCACUUUUAUUAUGGCUUUAAUAUUUGGGUUUGAAAAGCUAAAUAUGAAAACAAAAGUAGGAUACGGCGUCAUUCUUGGAACUCUGAUAAGCUUGGGAGGAGCUUUACUUCUUACCAUGUACCAAGGCAUUCCAUUAACUCAUCACUCUCAAGAACAAGCAACGAUGAACAAUCACACAAAACCUGAGAAUUGGAUCAAAGGUUGUGUGUUUUUAUUCACGGGAAUGGCACUUUACUCUUCUUGGAUGCUUAUACAAGCCAAGAUCAACGUGCAAUACCCUUGUCCAUACUCGAGUACCGUUAUUUUAUCGGUCUUUGGUACGAUUCAAUGCGCUCUACUUAGCUUGAUCAAGACUAGACAUUUGGAAGGUUGGAUCCUCAGAGACAAUCUCACCAUCAUCACCAUCAUUAUAGCGGGUGUGGUUGCACAAGGAAUGUGUACGGUGGCAACAUCGUGGUGUAUCCAAAAACGAGGACCUGUCUUUAGUUCAUCAUGUAGUCCUCUCACGCUUAUAGCUGCAACCAUGUUUGAUUUCUUGGUUUUUCACCGUACGAUUUAUUUGGGAAGCGUUGUCGGGUCUGUGGUGGUUGUGAUCGGCUUAUACAUAUAUUUAUGGAACAAGAGCAAACAACAAGCAGAUGAUUGCAAGAUCAUGAAGUUACCUACGAAUACGGUGGAAGAAGAAAAGGAAGAGGAAGGUCGUACAAAUAAUAACAAAGGCCAACUUUUGGUUAUACCGAUGACUCCUUGA